AGAGUUGUGUUGCAAAACAAUGAUUUGUAGUUGAUAAUCACCGAUAAGCGCAUUAAGAAUGCUUUUAUCAUAAUUUUCUGUACAUCAAGAAUUGUUAAAUUUGUUGUUAACAGAUCCGAUUCGCGCAUAACAAGUAUAUUGACUAUAUAAUCGAACUAAAAUCAAUUUAUUCAACUUUGCGUAACUAAUGUGCGUUAUGCAGAAAAAUAAUAAUUGCGUAUUUAUUAAAUGUAUAUAACCUUGCAAGGCUUAACAAGUUUUAAAAAAAUCAAUAAAAUAAUUAAAAAAAAAAAACUACAAAAAUAAAACAUGCAAUUCAAUUUCGUAGCAUCAGUUGUGUUUGUGAUAGUUUUUCUUUCAAAAAAAUCCUUUUCCCAAGUCAAAAAAGUUCCCAGAUCACCAUGUCCGGAUAAAUUUCAAUAUAUACGUUCGGGAAAUGAACGGAUUGGAUUAAUAACAAUCGCCGAUCCUCAUUUUGGCACCACUAAGCUGCAAGUUGAGUUAUCACAAAAAGGAACAGAAUAUACAACUGCUGGGCAAUUAAUAUUGAGGAAUGAAGAUAGAGUGAGUGAAAUAAUAGACGAAGAAGAGCCAUUAACAUAUAAAGUGAUUUUCCCUCUUCCGAAUGUUAUUCCUCGAAUUACUUCUAUCAAAGUGGAUGAUUUUGAGAUAUGUCCCGGUCGGCCAUACUCAAGACCAAGUACAAAUAUAACAUUAAAACAUCGUUUAAAUGUAAUUGAAGCAACAGGUGACGAGCCAGCUAUUGUGUCAAUACUACCAGAGGAGUCUGAAAUCAAUUAUUUAAGAGCAAAUGACGAUUCAAAUUCCAACGGCGGACCUAGUUUCAUUGAUAAUGGCGAUUCAAGUUCCAAUUUGAAUUUCGCUCCCGUCGCUACCAAAUUACCCUCAUCGAUACCACCUACAACUGCUUCUACUCAAAACACAAAUAACGCCGAAGAAUUAGAAUUUACAGCGAAUGCGAAAAAUCCGUUUUUAAAAAAAUUCCAACCAAUAAGUAUUAAUCUACGUUCAAGGAAUCCACCACCUCCCGCUGUAAUCAUAGACGAAGACGAACCUGAACCUACAACACCAACACCAAUGCAAUUUAUCAAUUCGAUUUGUGGCCGAGAAAACGUUAAAAAAAAUGCCAUAAAACUUAAUAUAAAUGGUGAACCGAUAGCCAGUUCAAGAUUUCCAUGGAUAGUUGCAAUUUUCAAAAAGACAAAUGACGAUCGUCAAUUCCAGUGCGGAGGAAGUCUGAUUUCGACAAAAACGGUUGUAAGUGCUGCUCAUUGCUUUUUUGAUGGACUUGAAACACUGCCAGCUGAAAAAAUACUGGUAUCCUUGGGUCGGCACAACCUGUCCAAUUGGUCAGAAAUGGAGGCUUUUAAUGUUGAUGCAGAAAGAAUCAUAACACAUCCGGAUUUCCAACCGAGGUUAUCCAGCUAUGAUGCAGAUUUAGCAUUGAUUCAUCUUAAGCAGAGUGUUGUGUUUACAAAUUCAAUUAAACCAGUUUGUUUGUGGCUUGGAAAUACUGAUCCUCGUGAGAUUGAAAAUGUGUCUGGAAUAAUUAUUGGUUGGGGCUCAGAUGGGCGUCACAGAACAACAACAAUUCCAACACUGGUUAAUGCAACUGUCGUUUCUAGAAUAAGUUGUGUUAGAUCAAAUAGGGAUUUUAUUUCACGGACAUCAGAUCGAACAUUGUGCGCUGGAAAUUUAGACGGAAGCGGGCCGUGUACUGGAGAUUCUGGUAAUGGGUUAAUGAUUAGACAUCAAAACAAAUGGAUGCUUAGAGGAACGGUGUCAGCUGCUGUUGGCAUACCAACGCGACCAUGUAUAUUAGAUCAGUACGGAAUAUACUCAGAUACUGCGAUGUUUAAUGAGUGGAUUGAAUCGAAUAUGAUUGUGUAUUUAGUUGCUAGAAAAAAAAAAAUAAAAAAACACACACCAACUAUGAUUUUAAGAAGUGAAUUAGUUUUUGUGAUAAUAAUUGCAUUGUUUGUUUGCAAUUCAUUAUCAGCUCCAGAUAUACCCUGUCCUUCAAAAUUUCAAUAUGCUCGAUCUGGUGACACAAAUUAUGGACUAAUUACCAUAGAUAAGGUAGAUUAUGGAGAUACGGUUGUUGAAAUCGAAUUAUCACAGCCCGGAUUAUUAAACUCGGAUUACGCAGGAAAUCUCAAUUUAAACUUUGAUAAGGAUAAAAUUUUCGAUUACAUCAACUCAGGAAGUGCAAUUACGUAUAAAGUUGAUUUUCCAAUUCCAAAUGAUGUUCCUCAUGUCAGUUCUAUUCUUUUAAAUGGUGCUAAUAUAUGUUCCGGUCCUAAAGUUUCUGGAACAAGUACAACAAUAACACUGAAGCAUACUCUAACAGCUUCUGGUUCAUCAUCAAAUAAACCUAAGCCAGUUGAACCACAAAAUAAUAACAUUAGACCAACAUUCUUUCCAUUUUUUAAGCCAGUUGAACCAUCACAAAAUAACAUUAGACCAACAAUGUUUUCAUUUUCGAGAAAUGUACCAUGGAUUCCUACAACAACUAGUCCAAGACCACGUUUUGGUUUUCCAAGCUUUUUAAGAAACACUUUUACUCAACCAACAGAGAAGUACUCACGCGACAGCAGCAAUCCAUUUUUCAACAGUGAUAAUGGCUAUCAUCAUCAUGUUUUAUCAGUACCAUUAACAACAAGUACAACAACAAGUGAAAGACCAACUUAUAGUUCAAGAAAUUACCCAUCUUUCUUGGAAGCAAUUAGGCCACACGUUGAUCCUCCAGCAACUACAAGUUCAACAACUCCACCAACUACCACCACCACAACUACUACUACCACAACAACAACAACAACUCCACGACCACCACCUCCACCAAUUCCUCAAUAUAUACCACCUCCAUUACCACCAAUUGCUGAAUUUGUACUGCCUCCUACUAGAUCAACUACUAUCCAGAUGACUCAACAAUACCUCAAUUCAGUUUGUGGUCAAGAGAACAUGAAUUUCUCAGUUAAGAAACUUGCAGUUAAAGGUGAUAUUAUACCCAGAGCACGAUUCCCAUGGAUUGUUGCAUUAUUCCAAACGAACAGGGCGGCAACACUCUCAUUUCAAUGUGGUGGUAGUUUGAUCUCAUCCAGAACCGUUAUCAGUGCUGCUCAUUGCUUCUAUUCAGGAUACAGUAUGAUAAGGAGUGAAGAUAUAUUAGUAUCGAUGGGUCGACAUAAUCUAACCGAUUGGUCAGAUAGUUAUAUAAUUCACAGUGAUGUCGAACAAGUUAUUCAACAUCCGGACUAUAGACCGGAACUUGUUAAUAUCGAUGCAGAUUUAGCUAUUGUUUGGAUGAAAAAGAGUGUUACUUUUUCACAUGCAAUACGACCGGUUUGUAUGUGGAAAGGACCAUUAGAUGUUCGUGAUAUUGAAGGAGUUUCGGGAAUUGUUGUAGGCUGGGGACGCGAUGAGAAUAAUCAUGAUGUUACUACUUCGCCUAGAUUAGUUACAGCUAAUAUAGCUACAGAGAUAACAUGCAUAAGAUCGAAUGAUAAAUUGUUUUAUUUAACUUCAAAUCGAACCUUGUGUGCUGGGAAUCGGGAUGGAACUGGGCCGUGUAAUGGUGAUUCGGGAAGUGGUUUGAUGAUACGAAAUCGAAAUAAAUGGAUGCUUAGGGGAACAGUAUCAGCUGCAUUGGGUAGUGAUGUUGAUCAAUGUAAUUUGAAUGAAUAUGUUGUGUAUACUGAUAUUGCAAAGUUUAUUGGAUGGAUAAAUGCAAAUAUGUUACUUUAGAUAUAAUUUUUAAACGUUGUAUUAUAAAGUUGUAAAUAAAGGGUGUCCCAAAAGUAA